CUGGAGGCCACGCUGUGUAUGAGAAUGAGUUGGUGGCAUCCAGGGAUGUGAGGACUGGGAGCCUUGGCUCUGUCACUAGGGACAGCACUUUCAGGCUGGGAUUUGAAAUGUUCCAUCAGUUGGGGUCUGACUCAUUUCCCAGCUAACAGCAUGGCCCGUUCUGUGUCUGAAUAAAACUAAGCAAACCUUGUGUUCAUUUAUGGCCUCUCCAGCUGCCUGUGGGGGCUUCAUCACCAAGCUCAAUGGGACCAUUACUAGCCCUGGAUGGCCCAAGGAAUAUCCUAACAAAAACUGCAUCUGGCAGGUGGUAGCUCCAGCUCAAUACCGGAUCUCUCUGCAGUUUGAAGUGUUUGAUCUGGAAGGCAAUGAUGUGUGUAAAUACGACUAUGUUGAGGUUCGUAGUGGGUUGGCUUCUGACUCCAAGCUGCAUGGCAAAUUCUGUGGCUCAGAGAAGCCCGAAGUAAUCACAUCAUACGGCGACAACAUGAGACUGGAAUUCAAAUCAGACAACACGGUAUCCAAGAAAGGAUUCAAAGUCCACUUCUUCUCUGCUGGUUGUGAGCAUAAGCUGAGCAGUGCAGAGGGAAUGAUGAGCAGUCCAAACUGGCCUGACAAGUACCCAAGCCGGAAAGAGUGCACCUGGAAUAUCUCUGCAACAUCUGGCCACCAAGUGAAAGUAGUGAGUGACCAGAGAAUGGGAGUGCCAGGGGAGAAACAUGCUCAGAAUUUGUGUGGCGGGCUCUUAAAGGCUGAAGUACAAACUAAGGAGCUGUAUUCCCAUGCUCAGUUUAGGGACAACAACUAUCCAGGUCAAGCCAACUGUGACUGGGUGAUUGUAGCUGAAGAUGGUUAUGGGGUGGAGCUGAUAUUCCAGACAUUUGAGGUCGAGGAAGAAGCUGACUGUGGGUACGACUACAUAGAGAUCUACAAUGGUUACGACAGCACUGCACCCCGCCUGGGACACUUCUGUGGUUCAGGGCCUCUGGAAGAAAUCUACUCUGCAGGGGAUUCCAUCAUGAUUCGGUUUCACACAGAUGACACCAUUAACAAGACAGGCUUUCACGCCCGAUACAUAAGUACCAAAUUUCAGGAUGCACUGCAUAUGAGAAAGUAAUGUGACUGCUCCUUUCAGACAUUCCCCAUCUGAAGACUGAGACAUUUAACUGUGAUCUUUGUCUUUUUUUUAAGCUUCUGUGCACCUGGCCUAAAGCAGUGUACAGCAUUUUCUGUAACUAAAACUAAAUCUAGUCACAAAAGUUUGCCUCUGAACUCAUUAGCUUGACCCUCUCUUGUUAACAUACCCAGGACCAAAAAUUGUCUUCUAAUCAUAUCCGUCAGGGCAUAAUCAUUGUAUUUUGCACAGCUUCCCGUGGGGUUGAGUGAAGACUGAGCUUGAGCUGAGAGAAGUCUCGGUCUCUUGAAUAUCCUGUCUCUAGGUGACAUUUCCUAGGCAUCCUGUACAUGAGCUGUGUGAAUGCAUUUUCUGCUCCUUCUAUCCUAUCUAUUUAUUGUCUUGGUUAUCGUGGAUUGUGAGGUUGAAACGGUACGGGGAAGUUCUCUUUAGGUGUCUAUUUCAUUAAGGCACUCAUGGGCAAUUAUGAGCUAAAAGCUGAGGUAUGUUAGCUUUAAUAAAGUAUUUAUUAUCCAGGGAUUACUAUGUUUACAGAACCAAUGUACUGUCAGGCUCUGGGGUGACACCUUCUGCUUGGGUGUAUGACUGUGAAGUGGGGGGCCAGCGCCACUGUCAGGCACCAAUGACCUUUCUGGAGGUGAGGCCUUUUCCAGAUGGAUAACAAAUUGACCCAUCCCUCUCCAGAAGUCCUUGAACAGAAUACAAUCCAAGUAUUGUGAAUACUAUGGGAAGCAAAUGCAUGACAAUAUUUUCUUGCUUGGAACAAGAAAAAUAAAAUUUAUACACACACACACGGUUGUAUGUAUAUAAAAUGUGCAUGUAGAAGACCGGUAGUCAAAGCCUUAAUUGUCAUGUGACCAAUACCAAUCCAUUGACUAUAGCUUUACUGCAGACUGCAUAAAACCAUGUUAUUUCUGUUUGUUUUUCUAGCUCUGUUUUGUUUCUGUUUUCAUUUUGUGUGGGCUUUUUACAGGCAAGGUCUUUUGUCUCAAGCUGUUUGUCCAUACAGGUCUGGGAAAAUGCAGUCUGCUAGCCGGGGUCUCUUCCUUGCCCCCAUUCAAGCAAAAGUGCAGUGACUCAGGUCUGGAAAUAAAAGCCAGAUGCCAGUCCCUGUGAAGCAGAAGGAAAGUUCCAGGUGGCGAGCAGCAGUUCAGAUUUCCUGGCUCUCUAACGGAAGUAAUGACUCUGGAGAGAAGUUACUGCAGAAGCUUCCUGUGUACUUCAACAUCUGUGCUCUCUGUUCCGAUAUUUUCUCAUCUUUCUCAGACUGUGUUCAAUGCUCUGGUUUGUUGCAAUAGGGUUUGAUGGAUCUACUGCACUUGUUACCAUUCAAGCAGGUGUCUCUUGUGACAGUGUACUCACAACUGUUGUACUGUACGUUUCAACCAAUGAUCUGUGUGGAAUAUUUCUGCUGUACUGACUGGGCUUGACAGUCAAUUCUAAAUGUGUGAAAGUUUCUUAAGGAAAAAAAAGUGAGACCCUCUAAGGUGUAUCUACACAUUCUGGUCUUCGUGUGGUUUUACCUUUCACUAACUAAAAUAAUUUUUUUAGAGGGGGAGGGAGAGGGAGGGUGUGGGGGCAACCAAAAUGUACGUGUGCAGAAUGAGUCUCUGCAUUCAUUAAAGACUGGAUUCAGUUGCAUGUUCUGUUGUAUGCAUGCGUUUACCACGUUGUCGAGGGGAGAGAAUUUCUCAAUACAUUUCUUGUUUCUGAUGUGUCCGCUGGUAAUAGUGGGUGGGAUUUCCUGUCUGCAGAAAGUAGCCUUCGCUUGAUCGUGGUUUUGGGAAUCAGAAGGACACUUAGGCAGUGACACUUGGUCAGCCAAAGGCUACAUCAUUGUCUUGUGUUCUGUGCUGAUCCUUUAGUGAUCUGGGAUGUAGAUCUAGAGUGAUAAACAUGGAUGUGGAAAUUAGUCCAUAAGUAGAUUUCAAAAGAGAAAGCCCAUAUAGUGCUCUACAGGGUAGAGCCUUCAGCAGCAGGUCCCACAGUCUCUGGGACGUGAAACUCGUGUGUAAAGGACAGCAGAAUGAGCAUAAGGCAGGUGUUCCUUACUGCAGCCUUCUGGUCUACACUCCCACUCUAGCAGCAAAAUGUCCGGUAGCCAAGCAGCACGUAGGAUGCUUUUCUUCCUCUUUUUGCCCUCUGCUUGAUGCCUGUCGUGCUUCCUUAAGGAUCGUAUCUCUGUUAUUCCCCCAACACAUACCCAGUUCAUGCAUGUCCCACCACCCAGUACGCUUCCUGUGGUGUGUGUCAGGGCCACUCAGAACUUCAUAGUGACUGAAUUUCCUCCCAGCUGCUCCCAAAGGCAGAGCAGCAACAGAAACACAGUAAGGAAUGAGCAUCCCCGUGCAGCCUCCUGCACCAGAGUGGUGUUGCACAGCAUGACUCUGGAAUGAGCCUGGAUGCUGACAGUCAAGUCACUUGGUAGACAUGAUUUCCAAAAUGAGGGCCAGGAAGCCUUCAGUCACAUAGACGGUUAUGGGCUGAAGUGAUGUUGAAGCCUUGGAAACGAUGCAGACCAAGGGAAGCCAGUGGGGAAUGGGAGGUAAAAUAGAAGAUGGAAUAUGAACCAAUGCAGCAGCUCACGGAGAAACACUGACAUCUGCAGUUGCAGCAAGCUACCAGUGCUGUGGGAAAUGGCCAAGCCUCAUUUUAAGAGACGGGACUUAAUGUUCCAGAAAGUGCCCAAGAACCGUCCAGUCACCAUGCGUGAGAUGCUGAAGGGAAUAUCUGUCGUCUGCCAGGAGAUGCUUCAUCCUCUGAAAGCAUGAAUUCAGUGGUACACCACAGUUGAGACAGAGAAGGUUGUCCACAGCAGAGAGCCCUUGGUCUCAGCAUCAGGCAUGAAAGAAGCUGGCAGAAAUCCUCCACUUUGUCCUGGCAUUCCCAGUCUGCAGUUUGUUUUUUAGCAGGAAGAGAAGCGUAUCUUAAAAGGAGUGCUAACCUGGAGCAGGACGGUCAGCUGUUAGCGCGUGCAGGGAUUUCUCGGGGAGGAGAGCGAAAUGACAACAACGUUUUCCAAACCCUUUUACAACACAACAACUUCUGCAACUACAACAGGAAACACAGCUGCCCAAGCAGAUUGCAAUGGGUACCAGCCCUGGGUGAUUGGAGUAGCUGCAGGGAUACCCAGCUUCCUGGCCUUGGUCCUUGCAGUCAUCUUGGCAGUGGUCUGUGUUCUCCAGUGGUCAAACUUCAGAUGGAAGCAGACAAGUGGGUGUCCUGAGAUACGGGAAGAACACGAAUAUGAACGAUCUCCUCCCAGACCUCCAGAUGACUUUUAUCUGACCAUGAUGGAUCAACAAAAACACUUCAGACCAGACAUCCAAGCACAGGCAAAGCCCCCAAGGAUGAAUAAGCCCAGAAGAGAGCCACCUGUGGUGGAAUACAUUUAUGAAAAUCAUCCUCCCUUUCACUGAGAGAAAAGCACCAAACAGUGGCUGUUUGGCUGUGUGGGAAAGAACCUCUUUCGAAUUAUGCCUCUGAGAUAUGGAAGCAAAAUGAGAUUCCCCCCAUUUCGAAAGUAACAAAGUGCUGUGGGAGAGGUGGUCUUGCUGUUCUCCUGAAUUUAAUUUAUUUUAAUAAAGAACAUCUAAAUCCUUGUAGUGAUAGUA